AUGUCGUUUUACAUAGGUCGCGAGGCUUCAAAGCUAUGGAGGAGAGUAUGUGCAGAGACCACUACAGAAAUCAGCCUUCUUGCAGGAAAUUGGAAGUGCAUUUUAGGGGGUCUCAUAUUUCAGGCUUGUCAAUUUCUUCGGAUAAUAACUUUCUAUUCAACCCAGCUGCCUGGUCCAAACUAUCAUUGCCGAGAGGGCUCGAAGCUUGCUAGACUGCCUUGCCCGGAUAAUAUUUUAGAAGUUCUAUUAAUUAAUUUUCCUCGAGGUGCCCUUUACGGCUGUGGCGAUUUGAUAUUUUCAUCUCACAUGAUAUUCUCCCUAGUUUUUAUGCGAACUUACCACAAAUAUGGAACGGAAAGAUUUGUGAAGCAUUUUGGUUGGUUAAUUGUUGUGAUUCAAAGCUUGUCGAUUAUUGCAUCUCGCAAGCACUACACAGUUGAUAUUAUCACAAAAAGUUGCGAAUUGCCUGAUCGUUCGAAUGGAGCUUUACUGCCGUUGAGCAAUAACAAGAAUACGGAAGAAAAUCACAAACUCUUGAAUGGAAAUCCUGGGGAUUUGCCUGAUUGGAAAUCGAGGACUCAAAUAAACGGCAAGAUCAUGGAAGGAGAGGCAGCUAACACAUAA